AUGGCGGGCCCACCCGCCACCUAUCAGCAGCGGCGAGACACCAACUAUCGCCAAACUAGCAGCGCCAAACGCCCGAGCGGACGAGUCGGCCCACCACCCAAGCAAGCAGAUCUCGGACGACCAGCUCGGAAAUCUGGCUCGCCUAAAUCCCGCCGCGCCGUUGGCCCGCAAGCUGAGACCCUUCCCAAACUCCCACCCUCAAGCUCCCCAUGCGCGCCCCUAUGGUCGGCGACACGCGACAUUUUGCCUCCGACCUACGAGUCAGGAGGGCUGCCAACCGCCAGUCACGGUCGUGCAAAGUCUGCCGGCUCCGCAAAGUCAAGGUCGUGUGAUCGUGUCAAGCCCUGCCAUGCCUGCUGCGCACAUGGAUACCCCUCGAAAUGCGUGUAUGAGGACGUCUCGGACGAGGACGCCCGGCCAAUCAGCCAAGCAGAGGAGAUUAAGAACUUGCGGGCGGAGAUCCGGGAGCUAAGAUCGAGGAUUGAUGCCAGGCAGGAUGGUACAGGUUCGAGAUCUCGGGAUCUGCAGCAGCUUGAACAGCUUGAAGGGUUGUUUGACUCUAUUCGAUCUGCCCCGCUCAGCCUUGUGGAGGAGCUUGUUCGUGAGCUUCGAUCUGCUCAUGGCGGUCUCAAGAAGGACUUGGUUCCCGUGGGGCCAUGGGAAGGCCGAGAAGCUUAUGAAUCUUUUGAACAACCAUCGCGGCCAUCUUCGACUCUGCCGGUUCGGAAACGCCUCUUGUUAAAUUCUGCCAGCGACGACUUCAAUAACUUCGAUAAUGACGAUGAAAGGGAAUUUGAGCGUGAGAUGUCUUUCGGCAGUGGCUCAGACUCAUCUGGAGGGACUUCAGUAAUUAACAUGCAGAGACCAGCGGUGGAUGUGUUUGUCGAGAGAUUCGUUGAUGCGUUUAGCCCCGAGGUGGAUAUGAAGUCGGGACGGGCAGGUGCAUUGCGAGCUGCUGCCGGCAUUCGAAUGUUUUCCCCUCUGAUCAGCGAUGCUUUCGAGGCUGUCUCGGUGGCCUUCUUUGGGCGGUCUGUUCAGAACAAACAGAUCGAGGCAUCUGGGUUCCGACUUUACCCACGUGUGCUGCGCGGUCUACAGGAUGCAUUGGUUGAUCCUGAGAAGUCUAAAGCCGAAUCCACGCUGGUCACUGUGAUUCUGCUACUAGCUUUCGAGAGCGUUGAACGCACUACUGACAGCGGUGUCUCGGCCCACGUUCGAGGUGCGGUGCGCUUGAUUGAGCAUCGUGGACCGGAAAAUCAUAUGUACGGGGUGGAGCAUCUUUUAUUCACUGAACUUCGUCCUUACUGGAUCGGGGGUGCUCUGGCUGCUCGACAAGAGUCAUUCCUAGCACAAGAGGAGUGGAAGACUAUCCCAUGGGCCGCAGGAACAACCACAAAGGACAUUUUACACCACCUGCUUGAUCUUGCCGCCCAUAUUCCGGGAUUACUAGCGCAGUCUGAUUCCUUCAAAGCAGCACAGGCACGCUCCGUACUAGGUGCCCAUGAGAUCGCCGUCAAGCAGACCACUUUGUGGAACGGCAUCGGCGACCUCACAAUGAAGUUCUACCAAUGGUACGAAGACUGGGUCAAGGUCUACCCUGACGGACCACCCAAAGAAGUCGAGCAAACAGGCGCAGAUGAUUUCCCUAUUUUCCAGCGGCGCGACCUGCGCACUGGGGCUACUUAUACCCCAACCAGAUUCACAUACCCAAACCUUCUUCUGGCACAAACCAUGUGCCUCUACUACAGCUUCCGACUCAUCCUCUCGUCAGUCGAUACCCGUCCCCAAGACCGUGUCACCCCCAUGGAACAAUACGACUUGGGUUGCGGGAUUGCCCGUACGCUGGAGUUCUAUAUCACCACAGCGCCCGGCAACAUGAUUAACCGCCUUGCAUUCCCCACUCGGGUAGCGUGGGAAGCAUUCCCCGAAGGAGGACCGGAGCGUGAAUGGAUGGUGGAGUUAUUGCAUUUGGUGGCACGGCGACACUCGCUCGGACUUUGGGGCAGUGCCAUGCCUGAGCUAUCUACUCAGCAAGAUUCGCCCUUGAAUACAGGUAGCCCAUAG